UAGUUAAAUAAUGAGGAAAGUGAUUGUUGCAUUUGUUCCUCAAAUUAUACAACCUGUAAGUGAAUAGUGAAUACUACUAAAUUGUCGUUACAAAUAACAUUUGGAAGACCUAUUGCUUGCUAGUAGUGGCCAAUUUUAGUUUUUGUAUAUUCACUCACUUUAACAAAUAUAUAAUUUUGACCUUUAGCCGGAGGGAAAAAAAACCAAGCUUAGUCAGUAAGAAGCAAGCACUUUCCAUUAUUAUCUCUCUUCCCCCACCACAUUUCAUAUUAACAUAAUAAUAAUGUUCAAUAAUACAACAACAACCUUCGGCUCCGGCGCCGGCGUCGUCGUCGUCCCACCUCCCGCCGUUUCAAUCCCCACCCCCGUCUUCCCCGGCACCACCAUCACUUCCAAUUCCACCUUCAUCAUCAUCGGACCUCCACCACCGUUCCCAGCUCCUCCACGGAGCAUCGACCUUUCUCCUCUCAAACUAAUCUUCGCCGUCAUCGCCAUCGUCGCCGUUCCCGCUUUAGCUUACGCUCUCUUCUUCACCAUCCCCUGUUCCUCCUCCCGCCGCAACUCCUCUUCAUCUCGCCGCAGCAGCACUUCCUCCGAUGAUACACCUCACGUCACCGUCGACAUCACCCCGCCGAUCACAUCCGAGACCACCGUAACUCCUGACUCCGGCGGGACAAUCCAAAACGAUACACAUUCCAAGGAGAUCGGAAACGAGUGCACCGUGUGUCUCAUGGUGUUCACCGACGGCGAUGAAAUCCGGCAGCUUAUCGAGUGUAAGCACGCGUUCCACGUGUCGUGUAUUGAAGAGUGGCUUAAGGAUCAUCCUAAUUGUCCCAUUUGCCGAACUGACGUCUCCGUUAAACAACAGACCGAAGCAGCCAACGUCACCGUUAACGUUAACGGUAACGUGAAUCGCAGCGGCGGAAACCGUCGAGUUUCAGCGACUAAUAAUAAUAGAGAUGACGAUUGGCGUCAAGGUCUACCUGAUGCUUCUAGUUUAGUUUGAUUUUUUAUUUUUUUUAAAUAAUUUAUUUCUCGAUUUCCUUUUUUCCACAAAUUUUUUUAAGAUAUUUCUGUAAACAAAUUACGUCAAUUUUGAAAAAAUUAUGUCCGUUAAAUU